AUGAAAUUUUCAACCGCCGUUGGUAUGGCCGGUAUCGCUUCUCUUGCGUCCGCUGCCUCCCUUAAUUUCGAAGCCGAUUCUGCUUCUAACCUUAACGCUAACUCAAAGGGCCUUGAUGCCAACUCUGAAUCUCACUCUGAAGGUUCUGCUAAUGUUGGUAAUGCUAAUGCUGCUUUUGAAUCAGACCGUGAAUCUGAUCUUUCUGUUAAAAACAGUGAAAGAUCUUUUAUUGAAGCUUCUGGUGGAGCCUCAAGCAGUUUCUCUUCUUCAAACAGCAAAGAAUCAAGCUCUUUCCAAGCUUCUGGUGGUGCUUCUGGUAGUGUUUCUGCUUCCAACAGCAAAGAAUCAAGCUCUUUAGAAGCUUCUCACGAAGCUCACGGUAGCAUUUCUGCUUCCGAUAGUGAAAACUCCAGCUCUUUACAAGCCUCCGGUGAAGAAUCAGGUAGUAUCUCUGCUUCCAGCAGCAAAGAAUCAAGCUCUUUAGAAGCUUCCGGUGAAGCUCAUGGUAGCGUUUCUGCUUCCAACAGCAAAGAAUCAAGCUCCUUAGAAGCUUCUGGUGAAGCCUCUGGUAGUAUCUCUGCCUCUAACAGCAAAAACUCUGGCUCUUUAGAAGCUUCUGGUGAACAAUCAGGUAGCAUCUCUGCUUCCAACAGCAAAGAAUCAAGCUCUUUCGAAGCUUCUGGUGAAGCUUCUGGCAGUGUUUCUGCUUCCAACAGCAAAAACUCUGGCUCUUUAGAAGCCUCUGGUGAAGCUUCUGGUAGUGUUUCUGGUUCUAACAGCAAAGAAUCAAGCUCUUUUGAAGCUUCUGGUGAAGCUCAUGGUAGCGUCUCUGGUUCUUGGGGUGAAGAUGCUUCAAGCGCUGCUGGUACUUCUACUGAAUCUACUGCUUCUUACGCUCUUGGUACUCCUGAAUACGUUUCAGCUUCAGCAUCUUAUGCUCUUGGUACUCCUGAAUACGUCUCUGCUUCUUCUUCUGCUCCUGCUUGGUCUUCUGAAGAAGCUUCUUCAAGUGUUACCUUCUCUUCUGAACAAGGUCAUGUUGUCACCAAAACUGCUGAAUCUACCACCAUGGUCACUGUUACCUCUUGUGGUCCAUCUGGUUGUCACACUGACUCCCACCAAACUGGUGUUGAUGUUGUUACCGUCACUACUGAUGAUGUUGUUACCUCAUUCACUACUUACUGUCCAUUAACUGAAACUAAAUCUUAUGGUUCUGAAUCUACUUCUAUUGCCAUUCCAUCAUCUGUUGUUACUGCUCCAGCCUCAUCCUCUGCUCCAGCCUCAUCUGCUGCUGCUUCAUCAUCCGCUGUUGCUUCCUCAUCUGCUGCUGCUUCAUCAUCCGCUGUUGCUUCCUCAUCUGCUCCAGCUUCCUCAUCUGUUGCUGCCUCCUCUUCUGAACAAGGUCAUGUUACCACCAAAACUGCUGAAUCUACCACCAUGGUCACUGUUACCUCUUGUGGUCCAUCUGGUUGUCACACUGACUCCCACCAAACUGGUGUUGAUGUUGUUACCGUCACUACUGAUGAUGUUGUUACCUCAUUCACUACUUACUGUCCAUUAACUGAAACUAAAUCUUACGGUUCUGAAUCUUCUUCUGUUGCCAUUCCAUCAUCUGUUGUUUCUGCUCCAGCUUCCUCAUCUGCUGCUUCCUCAUCUGCUGCUUCAUCUGCUGCUUCCUCAUCUGCUGCUUCAUCUGCUGCUUCCUCAUCUGCUGCUUCAUCUGUUGCUUCCUCAUCUGCUGCUCCAUCUUCAUCCGCUGCUCCAUCAUCUGCUGCUCCAUCAUCAUCUGCUCCAGCUUCCGAAGGUCACUACACUACCGUUACUGCUACUGAAUCUACUAUGGUUACUGUCACCUCUUGUGGUCCAUCUGGUUGUCACACCCACUCUCAACCAACAGGUGUUAACGUUGUUACCACCACUGUUGAUGAUGUUGAAACUUUAUACACUACUUUCUGUCCAUUAACUGAAACUAGACCAGUUGAAGGUACCAGUUCAGCUUCUUCUGAAGCCGCUUCAUCUAGUGGUGAUGUUACUUCUACUUCUACUGUUCAAGUUUACACUACUAUCUACAGUGGAUCUUCUGCUCCAGCCUCAUCUGCUCCAGCUUCAUCUGCUCCAGUCUCAUCUGCUCCAGCUUCCUCUGCUCCAGCUUCUUCCGAUGUCACUUCAACUCUUGAAACCUAUAAGACUAUUUCUGAAUCUUCUUCAACUGCUCCUAAACCAACCUCAGUUGCUAAGACCUCUGAAGCUCCAUCUUCUUCUGAUUCUCUUACUGUUGAAACCGAUACUAAUGUUGAAACUGACUUUACCACUUACUGUCCAGAAUCUCACACCUCUGCUCCAGUUAUUUCUACCGGUCCAAGCUCUUACUUCAACACCUCUACUGCUUACACCAACACUUCUUCUGUUCCAGCUACCUCAAAACCAAGUGUUGUUCCAACUACUUUGAGUCACUCUACUAAAGCUCCAACCACUAAGACCCCAGCUAAACCAACCACUGAAGCUCCAGCUCCAUCCACAAAAGCUCCAGUUACUUCUGCUCCAGUUUCAUCUGCUCCAGCUCCAGGUCCAUCUUCAGUUGAUUCUACUUCUGUUGUUGAAUCUACCUCUACUCUUCCAUCUUCUUCUGCUGGUGUUUCAAGCUACGAAGCUGGUGCUGCUUCCAACCAAUUAUCAAUGGCCGGUUUCAUUUCUGCUAUUGCAAUGUUAUUAGCUGUCUUCUAA